GUGCCAGUUCCUAGGCGGGCGCGCACCGAGCCGUCGAGCGAUUUCUACUUUUACCUGCCUUUCGCAAAAACCGUUUUUUCCGCAUUUUUAGCAGCGCCGUUUUGAUUUAACCACAAGCUUCGAUGUACAUUAUUCCAAAAAAAUAUUUUUUUGGAUGUAACACAUAGCUGUGUUUCUCGUAAAAUCCUACGAGAAUAUUCAAACGGAAGGCGCGAGCCGGUUGUCAAUAACGCAAGAGUCGCGCGCUUUCAUUUUCACUUUAUUCUCCAUUAGCUACUUACAAAAAGACACUGCUUCACUUUUAAAAGCGAAAAGGGAAUAAGUGUACUUCCGCUUUGUUAGUAAAACCACGUGUUUUGUGUAAAGAAGAUCAAGCAUGGCGCAAUUUCUCGAGGAUCCGGCGAUGCUCACGAAAGAGAAACUGAAGAGUGAGUUAGUUGCCAAUAACGUCCCUCUGCCGAGCGCAGACAGCAAGAAAGACGUGUAUGUGCAGCUGUAUCUGAAGAACCUGACGGUGCGCAACAAGAAGAACAUCUCUGCUCCAGCUCCAGACACUUUCUCCAGCGAUGAGGAGAUGACAGCGCCGCUGCUGACCAACAGGAGCCGCUCGGGGAAGAAAGCCAUAAGAAAGACAGACAGAGUUCGGCCAGAGGAGAACGACAUCUCUGGUCUGACUGAUGAAGAGUUGAAGGUUCAGCUUAUGAAGUAUGGCGUCCAUUCAGGACCAAUUGUUGCCUCCACACGUAAGGUGUAUGAGAAGAAGCUCCAACAUCUCCUGGAGCAUCCACCGCUAGAGAGCAGUCUUCCUGAACCCGAGACCACCAUCCCAGAGACCCUCACCAUCAGAGCGGAAGGAAACCAGAACGGCAACACACAUUCAGCCGAAGAGCAGUACAGCGACAAAGAAGAAGGAGUUGAUCCUGUACCAGAGCCGGUUCCCGUUGUGAUUAAGCCGGUCCGGAGCAGAGGAAAGACUCCUGUCACCAUCAGGACCAGCAGCAGACAGCGCACUAAACAGCAGGUGGAGGAGACGGCAGCAGACACUGAGGAAACAUCUGUGGAUGGAGGAGAUAUUUUAAAGGAAAUGUUCCCCAAUGAACCUGCCACACCAACCGGAAUGACGGUCACAUGUCGGAGGCCAAUCCACGGUGCAGCUGGCCGUCCGGUGAAGCCCCUGAGCCUCUGGUCCGAGGAGUCCCUCCAGCAGCAGAACACGUACACAGUGACCAAAUCCUCCGUCACAGAUGUUCGCAGUGCAACACCGGCCGCCCGUCCCAGACCCCGUCGCUGGUUGGCUUUCUGGUUGAAGCUUCUGGUGUUCAUCACACUGGCUGCGUCUCUGUAUUACGCUUUCCAAUUCAUCACCACCGAUCAGAUCAACGCCUGCCAGCUCUAUGUCCAGGACAAUGUCAUCACGCCUGUUCUCAAGUACAUCAGCUGGGAAAGCCCAGCCGAGGGCGGCGACGGCAAAUGAGCGGCCCGGUCUGUCAACCAGCUUCAGCAUGCAUCUACUGUUAGACUGAUUUUCUAGUGCUUCACGGAGCGACACGUCGGCAGGGUUCGGGGAGGGAGGGAUUCUGGUUAUUGCAGUUUGACCUAGCAGUCACAUCUUAAUAGACUCGUGUUUCAAGUAGUCUUUAAAUAUGUGUGCAUCAUGUGUUUUCAUCUUGCUUUCAUCUUGCUUUACGGUUUUUUAGCAUUCGAGACGACGUAGAGAAAUGUAGUAGUGAGUGACUGGCUAAUAGUGAAUCAUUCUCUGCUCAGUGGCAUCACAACGAGAGGUUACAUGCCAAGACAUGGCCAUUACAAGCACAGUUUGGGUUCACACAAAUCGGGGCUAGAAGGAAAAGCCUGAGGUGGAAUGUUUGUGAAAAUGGGUUAUUUGAUGGUUGAGACAUUUUCCUGAAUAAUCAUGAAGUUUUUAUUUUUAGCAUAAUAGGGUGAAUCUCGCUGAAAAUAUGUGGAUCAUAUAUAUAUAUAUAUAUAUAUAUAUAUAUAUAUAUAUAUAUAUAUAUAUAUAUAAAAUUCAUAACACACAAAUUUAAUUCUCAUUAUCAUAAUGUGAAAAAUCUCAUUUUGAUUAACGUAAUGCAAUUAAAAAAAAUCUAAUUACCAUAAUGCAAAUAAAUAAAAAUCAUUACGAUACUUAAAAAAAAUGCAUUUUCAUUACUGUAAUAGGAAAAAAAAUCACUGUUAUGCAAAAAAUUAUAGCAAUCUGAUAUAUUUUUUUUGCUUUUAAUAAGAUCAGGGAAGCCACUGUAUACACUUAAUUUACAUGUAAAUAAUAUAAUGUUAUUUGCAUUUCGGUAAUGAGAAUUAAGUGCCAAGUUGAAAGUAUUUAAAAGAAUCAACAAGUAAUAUUAAUGAUUUUGUGGUGAAAUACUACUUUUUCUUGACAGUUUUCGUGAUAAUUCACCGAGUAGCAUUUGGUUUUUAAUGAUUUUGUUGCAUUGAAUUUUUCAAACUACUGAACUCCGACCUCAGAUAAUGCUUGGUUUUAGUACUACACAUAUUGAUCAGUAUUGAUUUUUUUUUCAUCCAGAGCUUGAAGGAAAAUGUGAUCUCAUGAAAGUCUCAUGUAGCAAUUAACACUUCACUUCUGGUGAGAAGUAGUCUGUUGUUUUACUUUUAAGUAGAUUGUGGCGGCUUGUUAAAUGUGUUUGUGAUGUUUUCAUAUUGUGUUGUGUGGCAUUACAGGCGAUAUUUUAAACCUGUGAUGAGAACAGUUACCUGUUGUUGACUGUAAUCAGACCGUCUGUUAUUGCUAAAACACUGGCAUACAUCUGACUAAACUAUGAUUUCAUUUCUGUGCUGUGAUUAUUUUUGGGGAAAAAAACUUAUUUACUGAGUAUAUCUUCAUUACAUUCAGAAAAUACAUUUGUGAUGGACAAAUUCAUUUGAAGGGGUUUCUUUUUAUUUUUUGCUACUCCGUUUAAUUACUUUUUAACCGCAAUAUUUUUCUAACGUCUUCUCUGAAAUUAAAAAUAUUUUUUAAAAAGCAGUGAGUUACUUCAAAUGUAGAUAUACCGAAUCCACUAAGCACUAAAUAACAUCUUAGUUUUGUCCUGCUGUCAAAGGCAGUGAGAGGUAUAAAGUCCCGUUUGCACUUAGUAUUUAGGCAGCUAACUGUGGAAAACUGGUCAAACAAUGAAUUAUUUAUCCUUGAUUCAUUACAAUUCUUGUGUGAAAUAAAAGAACACCUUUUUAAAUCCCA